CUAUUUUGUCUGGUGAAACUUCUGAAAAGACUCAAGAUAUUCUUUUACUCGAUGUCGCUGCUUUAUCUCUGGUUAUUGAAACUAACAGCGGCAUCAUGACACCGUUUAUGAACGUAAUACGCCGAGAAAUAUCGUGA